AUGAGUAACACAACUUUAGGUUGCAGUAAAUCAUCGUACAACACUUAUAGAAGGUCAUCCUUGAAAGAAACAAGCUCUAAUGAGGCAUCAAGCUCAACUUCGAGAGUGAGCGCAACUUCGAGUGCAACCUCAAGCGAAACAUUAAUCACUGUUGCCAAGACAAGGUGA